ACAAAGGUGUUCAGGAUUUCAUUGGUUUCCUGGUGCCAGAUUAUAGUAGCAUUAGUUAUUGCCAUGGUCAUAUCCUUCCUGUGGAUCGUGAUGCUGCGUUGGAUAGCUGGCAUCAUUAUAUGGGUCUCUCUGUUUGCACUCAUCGGCCUGCUCGGCUUUGGUUGCUUCUACUGUUACACUAAAUACACAGAGCUGCAGGGCGUGCAAGGGUCAAACCUGUCCCUUACAGAAGUGGGUUUCACCACAGACGUUGGCACAUACUUGGCUCUCAGAGACACAUGGUUGGCAUUUGGCAUUAUCAUCACCAUCACUCUGAUCGUCAUCCUUCUUAUACUGAUCUUUCUAAGAAGUCGUCUUCUCAUUGCCAUCGCUUUGCUGAAAGAAGGCAGCAGGGCAGUUGGACACAUGAUGUUGGCACUCUUCUUUCCUCUGGUGCCGUUUGUAAUGCAGAUUGUCUGCUUCACCUGGUGGGCUGUCGUCGCUGUAUACCUGGCGUCGUCAGUAAGAGCGCAGUAUGUUGUGGCCGAUGCACAGACUGGGGCGAGUCAAGCUAACUGGGAAAGCUGUGACCCAAAUGUAAAUAAUCGUGGGUUUGCUGGGGCGCCGGCGUGCUCGGCUGUGAAUGCAUUUUUUUAUUUCCUCUUAAUUUUACAGGUAGCUAUAUAUGGAAAGAAUUUCUGCACGUCUGCCAAGGAGGCCUUUUCGUUGUUAAUGAGAAACAUUGUCAGGGUGGUGGUGUUAGACAACGUUACAGACUUUCUUCUGUUCCUCAGCAAACUCAUGGUAGUUGGGGCUGUUGGUGUGGUAUCAUUCUACUUCUUCAGCGGAGGCCUGAGUUCUUAUGUCGGUGAUUAUGUGCCACAGCUCAACUACUACUUUGCACCCGUAAUUGCAAUAGUGAUUGGGUCCUAUGUGAUAACAAGUGGAUUUUUCAACGUAUACAGCAUGGCUGUGGACACCCUUUUUCUAUGUUUCUUGGAGGACAGUGAACGCAAUAAUGGAUCCAUAGAGUGUCCCUACUACAUGUCCAAGGACCUUAUGCAUAUCGUUGGCAAGAGCAACAAGGUCAACAAACCUAACGCGUGGUAGUUUUCUAUCCUUGCUCUUCACCGUUAUGACUGGACGUCUAGAUUUAUGAAGUUUUUAUAUCUAUUGAUAGCUGAUGAUAAAAUCUGUACAAGUUUUACAGUAACACUAUGCUAGAUACUAGUUACAUAGUUAUAAGGUUCCAUGUUAUUACUAUUAUCUAAUUCUAGAAUGGGUCAAGUUGCCAAGAAUAAUUUUAGUUUUAAUGACAAUGAUUCAUGCUGUGUAGCUAAAUUCGGUAACAUCCGUUAUAAUUUGCGUAUAUUGACCACUUAUUUGUUUUUUUGUUUUUAAAUUAUGCUUGUAAAAUACGGCAAUUAUAUGUGUAAUUUAUUCUACAGUAAAAACAUUGUUCUGAGAUUCUGUUUAAUAGUAUGGGAUCCUAUUAUAGAAACGUAAAAUGUAUGCCAAAAUACUUUUGCUGCUAUGACAUAUGAAAGCACAGUGAUAUAUUUAAGUAGUGUUUUUUG